UGCCCAUCCAUUAGUUUGGAUUGCCACGUCGGGCAGCUAACAUCGCAAAAAUGGUUCAGAGAUCGGGACAGCUCUGGGCGACAUUGGCAAUUAUCUGCCUGCUGCCCUGGGCCCUGUAUGGUGCCUCGGUGCCAGCUGCUUUCGAGGAAAGAGCGAUUCGUCCUCGCUUCGAUGUGGAUCCGGGUAGGAUUAUCAAUGGAACUUUGGCCACAAUGGAGGCCACCAGGCAUCAGGUGGGCAUCAGGAGGGCCCUCAACGAUGGCUACUACUUUGGCACGGGUCACAUCUGUGGGGGAUCCUUGAUCCGCAGCAACUGGGUGCUCACAGCAGCCCAUUGCUUUGUGGAUCAGUAUAUCUACGACGGCACAUUCUUGGCCAAGGAGGAGCUCAUCGUGGUCAUGGGCAACGUGGACCGCUUCAACCGCACCAACUCGCUGACCUUCGAGAUUGAUCUGCUCAUCCUGCAGGUGGACAAGUUCGAUCUCAGCACCUACGACAAGGACAUUGCCCUGCUCCGGCUGAACGACUCCGUGCCGAGCAAUCAUCCCACCAUUCGGCCCAUCGAUCUCGCAUCCAUCGCAGUGCCAGCGGACACCGUCUGCCAGGUGACGGGCUGGGGCACCACGGAGGCGGGUUACAGCUCCGACUACCUCAUGACCGUCGACGUGCCCAUGAUCAGUGAAGAGGUGUGCAUCAACGACAGCGAGCUGGGCGAACUUAUCAAGCCCGGCAUGGUGUGUGCCGGCUACCUGGCGGAGGGGGAGCGUGACGCCUGCAGUGGCGAUUCCGGGGGUCCCCUGGUCUGCCGCAGCCAGCUGGCCGGCAUUGUAUCCUGGGGCAUGGGCUGUGCCCAGCCAAAUCUUCCGGGCGUUUACACGGAGGUCUCCUACUACUACGACUGGAUCCUGGAGCAGAUCGAUGGGGAUGUGGGUAGUGGCGAGGGAAGUGGUGGUGAAGGAAGCGGUGAGGAACCUGGUGAUGGAAGUGGCGAGGGAAGCGGUGAAGGAAGUGGUGAUGACAAUGCAGAUGGAGAUGGCGAUGGUGCCAUGGCGGCCCUUGCAGGAGCCCUUAGCAUCCUGCUGCCAGGCCUCCUCUGCCUCAAAUUGCUUUUAAGCCACCUCUAAUCUAUAUUCCCUCUCCUAGUAGCAAAUAAAACUGUAUUAACUAAUUUA